UGUCUAGAGAAGCCAAUCAGCGUCGCCGCGGUCUCAGUUCCAAAGUCCCCACCCGCCCAUCCGGGCUCAGAGUCUUCUCAGACGCCGAGACGCGGAUCAUGGCGCCCAGAACCCUCCUCCUGCUGCUCUCGGGGGCCCUGGCCCUGACCGAGACCUGGGCCGGCUCGCACUCCUUAAGGUAUUUCAGCACCGCCAUGUCCCGGCCCGGCAGCCGGCAGCCCUGGUAUCUCGAAGUCGGCUACGUGGACGACACGCAGUUCGUGCGGUUCGACAGCGACGCCGAGAGUCCGAGGAUGGAGCCGCGGGCGCCCUGGGUGGAGCAGGAGGGGCCGGAGUAUUGGGAAGAGCAGACACGGAGAGCCAAGGACCAGGCACAGACUGACCGAGUGAACCUGCGGACCCUGCUCCGCUACUACAACCAGAGCGAGGACGGGUCUCACACCAUCCAGAGGAUGUCUGGCUGCGACCUGGGGCCCGACGGGCGCCUUCUCCGCGGGUAUGACCAGACCGCCUACGACGGCAGGGAUUACAUCGCCCUGAACGAGGACCUGCGCUCCUGGACCGCCGCGGACAGGGCGGCUCAGAACACGCAGCGGAAGUGGGAGGCGGCCCGUGUGGCAGAGCAGCACAGAGUCGUCCUGGAGGGGACGUGCCUGGAGUGGCUCCGCGGAUACCUGGAGAACGGGAAGGAGACGCUGCAGCGCGCGGGUACCAGGGGCACUGGGGAGCCUUCCCCAUCACCUCUAGAUUGCCCGGGAUGGCCUCCCACGAGGAGGGGAGGAAAAUGGCAUCAGCGCUAGAAUGUCGCCCUUUCU